GCAGAGUUGUUGAGGCGAGCGCGCGGAGGAGCCGAGGAAGCGCGAAGAGGCAGUCGGAAGAAACACCUCCGGGGGACUCGCUGUUAACUGCAAGAGGGCAAGUGUGUGGGUGACUCAUCACCAUGCCUCCCUUCCUGCGGAUCGCCUUCAAUGCCUUCGAUCUGGGUGCCCUGCCUCCGCUCCCUGAUCCUCCCUUCUGUGCUAUUAAGAUGAAGGAGUCCAUCAGCACAGAUCGAGGGAAGACCUUGGUCCAGAGGAAGCCCACAAUGUACCCUGCUUGGAAGUCCAGCUUUGAUGCCCACAUCUACGAGGGACGAGUCUUGCAGGUGGUGCUCAUGAAAACGGCUGAGGAGCCACUGUCUGAGGUCACAGUAGGCGUGUCUGUGCUAGCAGAGCGCUGCAAGAAGGGCAAUGGACGCUCUGAGUUCUGGGUUGACCUGCAGCCUACAGGGAAGGUGAUGAUGGCAGUGCAGUACUUUCUGGAGGACUCUGACACAGAGAGUAAGCAGUCUGCUAAGGAGGAGGAGGCAGCAAUGACGCUGAACCGUCGCCGAGGGGCCAUCAAACAGGCCAAGGUCCACAACAUCAAGAACCACGCGUUCAUCGCCACCUUCUUCCGGCAGCCCACCUUCUGCUCUGUGUGCAGGGAGUUUGUCUGGGGACUCAAUAAGCAAGGCUACCAGUGUAGAGAAUGCAAUGCAGCUAUUCACAAGAAAUGCAUCGACAAGAUCAUUGGCCGGUGUACUGGAACGGCAGCCAACAGCCGGGACACUGUGUUCCAAAAGGAGCGCUUCAAGAUUGACAUGCCACACCGUUUCAAGACAUACAACUACAUGAGUCCCACGUUCUGUGACCACUGUGGAAGCCUGCUGUGGGGCCUGGUCAAACAGGGCCUUAAGUGUGAAGAUUGUGCAAUGAAUGUCCACCACAAGUGCCAGACCAAGGUGGCCAACCUGUGUGGGAUCAACCAGAAGUUGCUGGCUGAGGCCCUGAACCAAGUCAGCCAGAAAUCCACGAGGCGCUCAGACCCCAACCUGACAGAUAUUGGAAUCUACCAGCCCUUCGCCAAGAGCCCUGGCCUGGAUGACAGUUCCCAAUAUGGGAAGCUUUGGGAGGGAACCAAUCCCCGACAACAAUCCCGAAUCAUGCACCAGACACGAGUAAAUGUGGAUGACUUUAUCUUCCAUAAGGUGCUGGGCAAGGGCAGCUUUGGUAAGGUUCUGCUGGCAGAGCUGAAGGGACAUGGUGAAUACUUUGCAGUAAAGGCACUGAAGAAGGAUGUAGUACUUAUGGAUGAUGAUGUGGAGUGCACCAUGGUAGAGAAGAGAGUGCUGGCUCUAGCCUGGGACAAUCCCUUCCUCACGCACCUAUUCUGUGCCUUUCAAACAAAGGAACACUUGUUCUUUGUGAUGGAGUACCUGAACGGGGGAGACUUAAUGUUCCAUAUACAAGAAAAGGGACGCUUUGAUCUGACUAGGGCCACGUUCUACUCAGCUGAAAUCAUCUGUGGGCUACAAUUUCUUCACUCCAAAGGAAUCAUCUACCGAGACUUGAAGCUGGACAAUGUCAUGCUGGACCGUGAUGGACACAUCAAGAUAGCAGAUUUUGGCAUGUGCAAAGAGAAUGUGUUUGGGGACAACCGUGCGACAACUUUCUGUGGGACCCCUGACUACAUUGCUCCUGAGAUCCUACUGGGACAGAAAUACUCCUUCUCCGUGGACUGGUGGUCAUUUGGCGUGCUCUUGUACGAGAUGCUCAUUGGGCAGUCACCCUUCCAUGGGGAUGACGAAGAUGAGCUCUUUGAGUCCAUUCGCAUGGAUACCCCACAUUACCCUCGCUGGAUCACCAAGGAGUCAAAGGACCUUUUGGAGAAGCUGUUUGAACGUGACUCCACACGCCGACUUGGAGUUGUGGGAAACAUCCGUGCUCAUUCCUUCUUCAAGACCAUUAACUGGUCUGUCCUGGAGAGGAGGGAGGUGGAGCCCCCCUUCAAGCCUAAAGUGAAAGCUCCAAAUGAUUGCAGCAACUUUGACCGAGAGUUUCUUAAUGAGAAACCCCGCCUUUCUCACAGUGACAAAACAUUUAUUGACUCUAUGGACCAGACUGCAUUCACUGGCUUCUCUUUUAUCAACCCUAAGAUGGAGCACCUCAUGGAGAAGUGAAGGAUAUUCUACAGCCUCAUUGCAACACUCAACUAGUUUCAAGGGGGAAAUGUGAAACCAGUGUUACGGUUGAUCUGUCAUGGUCUGUUCUCUCUUGUGAUCAAGCUUCAAUUCAGUAAAAUAUUUAGUGUACUGUAUUGUCUGUUCUACCAUACCUUGUGACGCGCGCGCACACGCACACACGCACCCUUCCUGCUAGUGAAGAUUAAGAAAUUGGACAUUGUACAGAUAGUUAUUAUUGUAUGUUUUUUUUUAAUGUCUAUCUGGGACUGUGUAAGGGGAGUCACUUCAAACAAGGCUCAAGCCAUCAUUAAGGUGUGUGCCUGGAAUGCCCAAGACUACAAAGACCAACAUCCCUGUUGUGCCUUUCUUUUGUGAAUAAGUACAACAUCCCAAAGCAGCUCCUGUCUUCUGUAAUUUAUGUCCUAGAACAAGUGAAACAAAAUGGAGUUAAACUCCUUCAGAAUCCAAAGACCGCGUUCAGAUGAUAUACCCAUAUUCUGAUCAUGGUGGAUCUGAUCCUACUCAGUCUAAAAUAUUCAGACAGUGGUCACAGCCCGAGUCUGUGAUUCAGCCAAGAUCUAGCCAAAAUACUGAUUAUUCCUGCUGGUAACAAAUAUGAAAAUUAUUAUUAUUAUUAUUAUUGUAUAAUGUGAAACAAUGUCAUUGUAUUUGCUAAGUUCCUGUAGUGAUGUGCAGUACUCCCUGGGCUGUAGUUGGGCUGGUCAUGGUCCUGUGGUGACUCUGGUGGUCAGGUCCUACUUUAGUGCUGAGUCUGAGAGUGGGAAUCCAGGCUCCCUGCCUUGUAUGAUUCAGUUCCUGCACUUGUGAGUUAGUAAGUAUAUUUGUAUGUUGCGUAACUUGAAUGUAGUUAUUUCAAAGAGGCGCAGUAAAACAUUGUGUACAUAGGUCUAACAUUUAUUAUUAUGAUCUGCAUGUUUUUUACUGUCUUCAUAUUUUGCAUCUUAAUAAAAGUCAAACCAUUCACUUUCACUGCCUCUGGUUACUACAAACAGUAAUAGGUAUUUACUUGUUACAGCAAUAGCAUAAUGUUAAACGAUAUAAUUGAUGGUAAUGUCACUGUGAAAGUAAUCACAGGUUGUGGUGAAAAGAAUGAAAUGGCUUUUUUUUUUUUUUUUUUUUUUUCUUGGGACAUUGUUCUUGCGUUAAAUUCUCCAUCAUGAUUUCCCCAUCCCAUUGUGAUUUCCAGUAACACCAAUUUAGCGUUUUGUGGCUCAGUAUCAUUCGUAGCUCCCAAUUGGUGGAAUGUGUUGCUCAAAUGAGGUACUUGCACCAAGACCAGCCACUUCAGAUUGUACCUGUUGGAUGAUAGACUGAUGAUUUGAUAACUGGCUCUCACUUUGCACUUGAAAGAGGUACAUACCCUGACUUGACACUUAAAAAUUACCUUGCUAUAUGAGUAAAUUUGCAUGUUAAGCCACUUCAUAGAAAAGCAACAGCUAAAUGAUUAAAUAACUGUCGAGCAGUGAAUAGCCUCUCCUUUAGAUCGACAAUAUUUGUAAGGUCGUGGUAACUGUUCUUCAUGUAUAUCCUAUAAUUA